GCCAUGAGCUUGUUGUUAAUAUCUGCACUCAUUUGUGUUUUUCACGUGAUUGUUAUUUCAUGCCACAGGGUGUUCACAAAUGUGGCAUUCUCAAAACCAGUAACUUUGAGUUCUGUUUAUUCUGGUCAUCAUGGUUAUUUUCCGGGACCUAACGCUGUAAACGGACUCCUGUCUGACUUUGUCCAUACAUUUAAUGAAAAAUUCCCCUGGUUGAGGAUAGAUUUGGGAGCAAGGUACCGAGUCCACGAAAUAGAAUUGUUUGCCAGAUCCGACUGUUGUGGUAAUCAGUUACACGAUGUUGAAUUUAAAGUUGGAAACACGAUUCACCACAUGGAGUUUUGCGGACAUUUUACUGGGCAUGCGUUCACAGGUCAGCGGAUUUCAGUAUAUUGUCCCCAUAAAACCGUCGGACGUUAUAUAGAGUUAAAGAUCGUCAGAGGAAGUGUCAAUCAAAUGACUCCAGCAGAAGUUCUUGUCUGGGGUGUUCGCGUGAGACGUUAAUGUAGCAUCGUGAACUAUAAUAUGGUUCUUAUUAA